AUGGAGACAAACAAUCAAAACCUUGACAAUGAGUUGGACACUACGUCAUCGCCGCCUGGUGGUACAUGUGUCUGUCCACACUGGUUUCAAGAGCAGAGAAUGCCGCACUAUCAAGAACCAACAGCAUACCAAGAACCAUAUCUGGAUGGUUCCAUACCCCAGAAUACAGGGUUGACUUCAAUUAAACCAAACUGUAUGGAUUUCGUGCAGACUAAAACUGAAGUUAGAUCUGCAUUUAGAUCUCCAUUGAGGAAAUCGAUGUGUUAUCCACAAAUGGCAACUGAAGACGCCAAUCAGCUCUAUUCUUUGGAAUAUGAAAGUAGAGAUCGCCAGAGAGCAAUAACUUCAGGGUUCAGGAGCUCAAGAUCUCCCGUGCAGCAGGAACACAUCGGAUCUUCUGCAAUGGGAGUACCGGUGGCUUCCCUGAUGAUGGGCGAGCCAAUACUUUCUGCACAUGGCUUACGGGCGUCCAAUUCAACGUACUACUCACUCGGUGACAACGUUUUCCCUUCAAGCUCGUCAAACGCCUCAGGAAAUAAUGACUCAGUUAUUUUUGCGACAGAGAGGCUAGGUGCGGCUAAUAGUGAGGCUCGUGGGAGUAAUUGCUUCGAAAUAUCUUUUGAAAUACCUAUAUAUUUUGUGCAGAGGGUAAUGCAUGAAAUUUCGCUGGGCUUCAUUGAUUUGACCUUCGAUGUCGCAGCCGAGUUCGAAAGUAUUCCUAAAAUUUUCAUUACAGAAGUUGACUCUCUAUACUCAAAGCGGCACCAAAAUUCUUUUCCAAAACAGUAUUUUUUCGAAGGGCCGAGGAAACAGUUGGAUAAUUUGCUUCUUUCUUCUGUUGAAACGAAGCGCAAUGCUGUCCCUGCCAGUCGGCAUGCUGCUUGCGAGGCCUGCAGGCGUCGGAUUAGUGGCGGGUUUGCGAAAAUUUCAGGAGAUCUCGAUCAAGUACCGUUCACCAUUCAUCAUCCGCCUAUCAGCGAGGAACACGAUAUUCUUAUUUUAUUUUUUGUUUCGAAUAGAUGUUUUCCCUUCUGCGUAGAAGAUUAUGCUUCCUAUCCAAAAGUAGAAAUUUGGAUUAAAGGUGAUAGUUAUGAUAUCCAAGUUGGAAGUGGUUCGAGCCCUGUUCAGUUGAAUCACGAUGUGAAUUUCCUGGCGAUCGUUGUGUAUAUUCAUGGCGAAGUCCAUGUCAUCAAUCAACCAAACUUUCAAUUGCGGGAUCACGUUGUCGUGAUCGCUAAUGGCCAGAAAUUCUUUAUACAUUUUGAAGAUGAGGACUUACAAACGCGCUGGCCUGUGACUGAUUAUCUCGAUCGUGACGAGCAUAAACUGUACUUCAAGUGCAAACAAAAGCACUUCCCGCUAAAAACGGCUCGCAAUGAUGAAAUGUAUUUAUCUCCAAAUCCAUUACAGCCAUCGUUAUUAAGCAAGACGUGGAACGAUGCCGAUACUGUUAAUGCGGUCUACAGGCGCACGUCACACGGCAGUUCCAUCGAACAUGAUCACUAUUCGACUUUGACUCUUGGCAGUCGUGGCCAGUUGGUUAACACGUUAAACAGUGGAUGGAAGAAAUACCGAAGAGUCUUCAGGCCAUUUUUAACCGAUGACGACAGACUGAUAGUUCUUGAAAAAUCCCUGAAAUGCAGCCUCAAUUUCAAUUACUUGGAUCGUUCACCUCCUGUCUCUUAUACACAUCUAGAUGUGUAUAAGAGACAGCUCCUACGGUGUAUAAUGAAGCAACCUUUCAAAUAA